CAUUGGUCUCUGCACGGGAUUCCUGAAUUUGCAGAGCAUUGGUCUCUGCACGGGAGUCCUGAAUUUGCAGAGCUUUGGUCUCUGCACGGGAUUCCUGAAUUUGCAGAGCAUUGGUCUCUGCAAAGGAGUCCUGAAUUUCCUUUGAAGUUUCGUUGAGGCUUUGUCGCUCAUCUGGGAUAUCCUCCCUUCAAAAUGGCUUCUGGAUUCCCAAAAAAGACACUGACACCUCGUCCUUGGUCCAGGGAAAUGCUGAAGUCUUUUACUCUGCGUCCCUCUAAGUCCCUGUGGGAAAAGUUUUUCAGCAUGAAGAAGAAGAUCGAAGCCAGGAGGAGUAUUCUGCCCAGCAUUAACCCAGUUCUAGACAAGAGUGAGCCUCAUCAGAAGCUGUCGUCAGUUCCCCUGAAGCAGAACUUGUUUCAGAUUUCCCCACCAGAGGUGGUAUUUCAGAACUUUGUCACCCAUGAGGUCUCUGAAAUGGUGCUGUCUAUCAUGAAUAAGGACAAGUUUCCUCAGGUGGUGAAGGUCUCCAUGGAGAGCUCGCCUUACUUCCAGCUCACGUGCUCCAACGACGCGUACCGUGUCGUGCUGCCGGGCGCGUCCGCCCCCGUGCGCAUCCGCUUCACCCCCGAGGAGAACAAGGAUUAUUCCCACCAGCUCGUCUGCAUGACUGAAAGCGAAAGGAUAGUUGUGCCAAUUCGGGCCAUUGGUGGCCGAACUAUCCUGACCUUCCCUGACCAGCUGGACUUCUCGGCCUGUCCGGUCAAGUACAGCACCCAGAAGACUCUGCUGGUUCGCAAUGUCGGUAACCGGGCAGCUCAUUACCAGCUGAGCACCCAGAGUCCUUUCUCCGUGGUUCCGACCACGGGAACUCUGGGCGCUGGCGACAGCAUGCGGGUGACAGUGGGAUUUCACCCGCUGACGACCGGUGACCAUUCCGGGUGGCUGUGCUGCAACACCGGUGAAGAAACUAUCCACACAGAGCUCCACGGAGAAGCUGGAGCUGUCCGUGUUGGGUUGAGCACAAAUUUCGUGGAGGUUGAGACGACUUUCAUCACCAUGUCCAACCACGCAACCAUGUUCAUUAAAAACAGGAGUAACGUCACAGCCCACUUCCAGUGGAAGGCUUUUCCUACUGAGGAAGAGGAGAAUAAAGAGAAGAGGAGGUUGGUCUGACAGAUCCAUUUCAGUGAGAUACACGGCCCACGGCUAAAACUGACGUGUGGCCUCAGGGGGGUGUUGGUGCUUUUGAGUGCUUUAGGCCAAGGAAACCAUGCCUGGCUCUCAGGUGUGUGUCCCUGCUGGCUUCAGGAGCUCAGCACUUAGCAUUCCAGUUCCACUUCUACUCCAACCAAGGAUGGCAUUUUGGCAAGGAAAGGUUGGUUGCAAUGACUGGAUUUCCUCAAGUUCUCAUUGGGCUUUUGCCUCUCUGAUCUUCUUCCUCCAUGGCCUGGCAACAUCCUUCAACAGCUCACCCUCUUUCCAAAGGUGAUACACCCUCUUUUUUUCCCUUAGUUCCUUCAGAAGCUCC